AUGUCGAAGCAGCUUUUUAUCAUUUCUGCAGGGGCCUCGGCGGCACUACUGCAGGCUGCCACCGCUAUCGUCGACAAGGCCACCGCUGGGAAGCUUAGCACAACAAUGACCUCGAUGGCGGAGAAAAAUGCAGUGGUGGUUGGGCCUGAGACGCCCGUUGGUGUGCACACGUCAGUAACUGCCGCACCUGCCUCGCCGGACCCAGCGUACGCGGGCGUCAAGACCGUGCUUGUGCGGGCCGUGCUCCCUCGUGCUUCCCCUGAAAAGGUACAACUGCGUGAUGCCCUUGAUGUCUUCUUUGCUGCAGGUAUCAAUAUGGAUGCUGAGGUGAAGGCUGCCACGGAGUCUUUUAAGAAGAGUGCGGAGGUGGCUGUGGCAAAUGCAAAGGCGAUUGGUGUGAAUCGUGUCACUCUUGUACUGAAACAGGCAACAAAGUACAACAACGUCAAUGAGCUUUUCAGAAAAGUCUCGACAGAGACAAUUGAAGCUGCAGGGAUGACAACUGAAAUACAAAGCACAUCGGUCGCGACCAACCACCUUAUUAUGUUCCCUGAGUCACUUGGCGUUGUCCUCCUGAAUGACGUAACGUCAACGGAAAAGAUUGAAUUGGCCUACGCCGGGGUUCUGGGAGGUGCCAGCCGCACGUAUCAUACAGUUAGCGGUAACAAGAUUUCUGCAGGUCACAGCUUCAAGUCCGUGGCUCUGGCGGUGGCGCAGGAACUUCGAGCACUUGGAAUGGGAAGUGAAGCCACUAAGGUGGAGGCUGCAGCCGCAAAGAAUCCCAGAGCUGUUCUUUCCUCCUUGUAA